GCUGAUGGCGUCCAGCCAUGCAUGCAUGAUGUGCUUGUCAUGAUGGCUGAAGCUAUUACAAGCUUGGGACCAUACAGUACAAGCACGCAUUCAGCAAGGAGCUCUAGCUGAGAAAGGUACUGAUUGGAUUCAAUGGGUGAUUAUCUAUUUGAAUUGGCUCUCCAAGAAAACUGGGAAGGAUUGGCCACGAGACUGAAAGAAGUGACGUCCUCAGACACCUUGAUGGAGCCUUCUACUUUGCUGGAAACAUUUGGCCCGGAUGAGCCCUUGACGCAGCAAUCCUCACUGCUGCACGCCUCAGUGUGUCUCCCAACAGUGCCAGUGUCCAUUGUGGAAACCAUUCUUCAAAAAGCUCCCUCCUUGGCACUGUCUCGAGAUACCUUUGGCCGCACUCCACUCCAUGUGGCCGUUUGUCACGCUCCCAGAGCCGACGUGGUUCGCACGUUGGUGAGAGAAGCCGCUCAUUCGGCACUGCAACAAGAUGAUACCCUCAUGCGUCCCAUUGAUAAUUUGUCACAAAGUAUUCUCAUGAGUGAAGAACGAUCCAAAUACUAUGACAGACAUUAUCAUGAGCACUCAAACCAAAAGACAACCAGUCAACAUCUUUGGGAUUGCGUGCAACCCUUGGCAGUCGCAUUGGAUCCUUCGGGAGACUAUGAUUGGGAAUCUCCCAUGGUACACGCCUGUCUCCGAGCCAACAAUUUCCCGUAUGCUCUUUUGGAAAGGGCCAUGAAGCGAUAUGGGGACGACUUUGGCAAGGCAGAUCAGCAGGGGAACCACCCACUUCACAUUGUGGCUGGCAUCUAUUCACCCGAUGACGAUCCGGAAGAACAGUUUCUGACCAGCAUUGCCAACCGAUAUCCCAAAGCAGCACGGAUAACCAACCAACAAGGAAAACUGGCAUUGGACUUGGCCAUACAAGCCGGAUUGCGAGGUUGGAGUACGGGUCUGGCCGAAUUGUUGGAACUCUAUCCGGCGCCAGAAAACUUUUCCAUGCCAGUUUCCACACACCUAUUGGGGCUCGCUUCGUCACAGGGACGCACGACCAUGCUAUUUGAAAUGCUUCGCAAUCAACCGGAAUUCUUUAGCUACCGGAGUGGAAGAAGUGGGGACAAAAUGAAACCGGGAUGACAAAGAGCAGGAACAAUACGAUACCAACAAUCGAUCAAUCGAGCCACGGGAGCCACCAUGACAGCUUCACAUCAAAUAUCAAAGAAUCUCUUCACGUCGCUGGCUGCAGGUAGGAGACAUUUGGAUUCGAUGCCACUCCUGCCAAAGGAUAUGCUGCUACCAGCUGGGAAGGUGAACAGACUGGAGGGGCGCCGCUGCGGGUGCUGCAACCGGGUGGUAAACACAUGCACAUGAGUAUGUUCUACCGUAGCUUUGCUAGUAAUUAGGUACGAGCAGCUUCGAUUUUAUUGAUGCAAACGCGUGCCGACCUUCUUGGUACACAUCUACUCGAGCUCUCGUAGA